AUCUUUCCAUGUACAAACCAACAACUUGCUUCUUCUUAUUCUUCUUAAUAAUUCUCUAAAUCUUGCUUUUUUUAACUUCUUGGUGAAGAAGAUGAAUAAUAUUGUUAUGGAAGAGAAACGAUAUGCUCUUUUGCUGGCAGCAAGAGACUCAGAUUAUGUGAAGAAAGUUUAUGGCGGAUACUUCAAUGUCUUCGUUGCAGCUUUCGGAGAAGAAGGAGAGAGAUGGGAUUUGUUCAGAGUUGUUGAAGGAGAAUUCCCUGAAAUGAAUGAGCUUCAGAAAUACGAUGGAUUUGUCGUCAGUGGUAGCCCAUUUGAUGCCUAUGGAAAUGACUACUGGAUUGUCAAGCUUUGCUUCUUGCUCCAAAUUUUAGAUUCCAUAGAGAAAAAAGUUCUUGGCAUUUGCUUUGGUCACCAGGUUUUGUGUAGGGCAUUGGGUGGUAAAGUUGGGAAGGCUUAUACAGGAUGGGAUAUUGGGCUGAGAAGAGUGAGCAUGGUGAGGGAUUUGGGAAGUUGUAGCUUCAUGGAGGAAUUGGGAAAUGAAAUCCCACAAUUUCUUUCGAUAAUAGAGUGUCAUCAAGAUGAGGUUUGGGAGGUGCCUUCAGGGGCAGAAGUGAUAGCAUUUUCGGAUAAAACAGGAGUUGAAAUGUUUACAAUUGGAGAUCAUAUUCUUGGGAUUCAAGGCCAUCCUGAAUACACAAAAGACAUUCUUUAUAAUCUCAUUGAUCGCCUCCUAAAUAACAAUUGCAUUCAGAGUGACUUUGCUGAUAAUGCGAAGCUUGGAUUGGAGAUAGCUGAACCAGAUAGAAAGUGUUGGGAAAAAAUUUGCAGGAAUUUUCUUAAGGGAAGAAUAUAGAGAGAAUAAUUUUGGCCUCUUUAAUCAGGCUUAAAAUAAAUUUGUCUUUAAAUGUUAAUUAAUUAUGUUCAAACUCUGUAAUUGUAAGUUUUAAGUUUCUUAAUAUAUACUAAUCCAACAUGGUUAGAAAACAUAAACCUCAUCAAAAGCAGUAAAUAUGUAUAAUUCUCAGUUGGUGAACGUCUUGGCAUUUUGUUAAUUAUAUUUGGA